AUGUCUAGUGUAUUAUCACAUUUACAUGAUGUAAAUGAGGAAUUCUCACGGCAACUUGAAAAGCUUAAAGCAAUCAAACCAAAUUAUGCAACAGAAUCUAUCGAGACAUCUUUUAAUUGGGAUGAAAUAGCAGCCAGCAUAAAGGAUGUCGAAGGAGAAUGGUAUGCCGUUGCUUUUCGAUCUAUCCGAAGAGUGGACGCAGAUAAUAAAUUAUUGUAUGAAGCUGAUGCUAAAGCUUACAAUGAAGCAAUGCUUCAUGGAGGUUUGCUCAAGUAUUUUAUCGGUGAAUUAAAUCAAUUUCGAGAAUGCCUCUCAAUGUGCAUUUGGACAAAUAGAGAAGAUUCAAUUAAAGCAACUCAAAAUCGUCUUCAUGUUGAUGCAAAGAGAUUGACUAACUCAAUGUAUGAAACCUAUACCUUAGAAAGGUAUAAGUUGAAGAAGACAAAGGGCGAGACCAAGAUUAACAUACAUCAAAUUUUUUGA